AUGCUUACACCGUCUGAAGAGCACCAUCUCAAGACUGAGCUCAUCAAGCUACAGUUAUUCCAUGAAUUUAGCCUCUUGGAUGAUGUAAACGCCUUGCGGAAAUUCGGCUACCCUUUUUCGAAUGGAGACCCGCAGAAAACCGAUUCGACUGCUACUCCUAUCGGCAGGAUUUUGUCGCCGUCCAAAAAACGCCUGAGUGGUGCGGCUAGCAUCAAAAGCGAGCCCGAUAACGACCAAAUUGACACGCAAUUCCCCAUACUCAGCCAUUUCUUGAAACAUUUUGUCGUCUCGCUGCCGCUGCUAUCGCAAGACUUGGCAGGCAAUCAGGAGUUCUGGCAGAAGCGAGUUCAAGUCUUUUUUGAGCAUUUCAUGAGCAUGAAUUUUAGCACGAGUUUUGACCGCGAGGAACUUACCAAGAGAAGAAGAAUGUCACUCAAACUGUCUAAAAUGAUACUUUUGAUGUACAAUGCCGGAAUUGGGUGUGCGCAAGAAACCCAAUAUUAUGCAGAAGACAAAAGUUCCGCGGGCGGUGGUCAAGAAAGUCUCCAAAAAGCUUCCAAGCUUGACAAAUUCACAAUGCCGUCGAAAGACAACCUGAGAUUCUUACUCACAAAUCAGCCUAUAUACAUCAAUGGCUGGGACAUCAACGUGAUAUCUGCCUCGGCAGAUCCCCAGGGAUACGGAUUGGAGCCUAAAAAGGUGUCCAAACCCGCGACUCCUAAAUGGAUGCGUAGCGCCUUUGGAUUUUCACCAACUACGUUCGCGUCCCCCUCCAAGCUUCUCUCCAAACUGACUGUCUCUGAUUCGACGUCCGCGUCGUCCAAUUUUUACUUUCUAAUAAGACUCAAGAGAGAAGGGCGUGAGGGCGAGACUUACAUUGCCAAAGAGUUCUCUGAUUUCAAGAAUUUGGUACAAGACUUGAAAAAGGAAUUUCCGGCCAAGACACUGCCUAGAUUACCUCAUAAGAGUAAAGCAGGUGCGUUGGCGCCGGUGAACGUUGCUAGUCAAGGCUUCAGCCAGAAUUCUGCGGUCCCUGUCACGCCGAAAGAACAAAUCGUAUCGAGCUUUACUAAUGAAGAAUCCUACAACGAUGACCAAACGAAAAGACAAGAGAAGGCAAGCUUAUUGAGCCCCACUAUGUCAAGCGACUCUGAUUCUCAAAAUGCUUCAGAAAAUUGGGAUGAUGGGGGAGACACGUACGAAGAACCUGAUGAUAGCGUCAAGGUUGGUUCCACUGUGUUAGUUAGAGAAAAGAUGAGAACGUCAUUGAGACAAUAUUUGAGAAGUUUAUGUGAUGAUGACGAGACUGCUGGCAGCAUUUCGCUGUCGAAAUUCUUGGGAAAAAACGAAUUAUCACCUGAUUCAUUUACAAAAGCUGUCCUUGAAGAUGUCAAGCAGAGAGAAGCCAUUGAUUUUUUGAAACUGGAACAUCAAAUAGCCUUUCAGAAACUUGCCUUAGAGAAAUCGCUCAAAUUGCAAGCUUCCAUGAAGUCUUUCAGGCAAUCCCUCUUAGAGAAUGAGGGCUAUCUUGUGGAGAUGUUUCAAGAAUUGAAGGAAAAACCGGCUGUCAAAGAUUUAUCCCCCAUGUUGCAGAGUUUCUUUGAAUGGUGUAAGGUGAAUGUGUCAGCUACUAUAUAUCAAAUGUUUUUGGGUAACGAUAGCGGCUACGAAUUUUACACACAAAUUCGCAAACUCCACAAGCUUAUGCCCUACACAGUCAUGAUCCAAAUUCUGCGCUUCACAAACCCAAUGGCCAUCAUGAAGGGUCUAAUCGAUCUUUUCAUGGCACGUCCUUUUGGUGGCAAUUCUCUUUUACAAACAAUGUUUUCAUCUGUGCUAAGCGAUGACUUGAGAUCUCAACUUAAAGUGGCUGAAGGAUUAGAAACAGCGAUAGAGAAGGAGAGCACGUUUGGCACAGAAGUUGCGAAAUUAUUGGCAGAGGUUAUUUUCAAUAACGAAAACGGAGAGAUUGUCAACAUGUCGACCAUCCAUGAAGAUGCACAAUCUAUGUCGAUGCCAAUGGCUCUGGUUAUAGUUAUGAAAUGCGCGGAAACGUCGAAAGUCUCGCAACAAGCUUUAGAUGAGUUGAUCGAAUCCUACUCAGCAUGGAAGCAGAAUAAUGACUCUAGUGAAAGUGAGCUUAAACCGCAACCUUCGAAUGUGUCAGUAGGCCAAUUCCCUGGUUUAUAUUUCUCGCAUGUCAAGGAUCUUUUGCAAACUUAUAUUCGUGAGCGCGAUAAGAUGCUGAUGAAGAAAAUCUGGCAAGAUCCUCAACUUACACAGUUAUUAAAAUCAACUCUAGCCCUUUUCUAUGAGCCUCUCGUUCGGAUUUUCAGGGUCUCCAGAAUGGAUAAUGCUUUCAAAAACUUUGAGAAGUUUAUGACCGACCUUGUUGCGUUGAUGGAUGUUGUCAUAGAUGGACAAGAAAAUCAUAUGACUUCGUUGAACGUUGUUGAUGCUAUAAACAAACUAGUGGACAAACAUGAGGCAUCGUUCUACGAAUUUGUUCAUGAUGUUUGCAUUCAUGACACAGAAAACAUUUUCCAGGGAUUUAUUACUUACUUCACCAAUAUUGUCAAAUUCCUACAAAAUAGCAAGUAUCAAACAACAGAUAGAAUCGAUCUUGCGGGUUGGGUCGAGAACUCCUCCGACAAGGGCAUAAACGUGGAUCUUCUGAAAAAGCAGCUGGAUACCCUCAUUGAGCAUAAGAGACAGUGUCGAGAGGCAUACCAAAGCUUGAUUCAAAUAAGGACUCGUGAGGAAAAGCUUUCAGGGGUCAACAUUGAGACGGUAAUGAAGAAAAGCUGGGAAGAGUCGAAUGCUGGCGUUUUCUCUAAUGGCGAUAUGGCAUUGGGUUUCAAGGAAAGAGAUUUAGUAGACCUGGAUUUGGAUACCAAAGAUUACACGCGACUCAACGACGCAGAAGAGAAAUUCCAACAAGAUUAUCACGACUUACUCGAAAAGAGAUUAGACUUGUCAGAAAUUGGGAAUUUCAACGACAAGGUGUUCAGCUUCAAACUGAAGGAACUGUUGCGCUAG